AUGGCAGACGCCGUAGUCAGAGCAGCGCCAAGGGAGGAGCAGUUUGUGGUGUUUCGUAACAAGCUAUCCUCAUUUCCCGUUGGUCAAGGAUUUCAUUUGAAGGACACUCCUUGGAGACCAUCCGAUCGUGAAUAUGAGCUUGGCGUUAUCGGGUUGCAGAAUGAGAUAAAAGAUUUUUUUAAUUAUAUUAAGCCGACCUACGAGGAGCAACAUGCCAGGGAACUUGUGGUUUCUAGAAUAAAAGACGUCGUACUUUCUGUAUGGCCAACUUGUAAAGUCGAUGUUUUUGGUAGCUUCAAAACAGGUUUGUAUUUGCCCACAAGUGACAUCGACAUGGUGAUUUUUGGCAAAUGGGAUGCCCUACCCUUACAUACACUUGAACGUGCUUUGUCUCGAAGUGGCAUAUCGUCGGACCUGAAAGUGCUCGAUAAAGCUACGGUUCCAAUCGUUAAAAUGACUGAUAAAGACACAGGAAUACUGAUUGACAUAAGCUUUAACAUGGUGAACAGCGUACGAGCAGCAGAUCUUAUACAAGCUUACAUCAAAACCUUCCCAUGUUUACCCCCUCUGGUGUUUGUUUUGAAGCAGUUCCUGCUGCAGCGGAGUCUGAACGAAGUGUGGACGGGUGGUCUCAGUUCGUACGCUCUGAUACUUAUGGUAGUUAGAUUCUUGCAGGACACAGUUCCACCUGGUUGCGACUGUCAACAUAUCAAUCUGGGAACCCUCUUACUGGAGUUUUUCGAGUUGUAUGGGAGACUUUUCAAUUACUCCAAAACCGCAAUCCGUGUUACCGAUGGCGGGCAGUACGUUCGCAAGGAGGUGGUUCUGCAAAACAUGGCACAAAAUAUUCGACAAUCUAUGUUGUGCAUCGAAGAUCCGCUUUGUCCAGGUAACGAUGUUGGACGGCGAUCGUAUCAGGUGCUGUUAAUCAAACAGGCUUUUGAAUAUGCCUACGUUGUGUUGAGCAGCGCUGUGUUGCCCCAAUAUCACUUCUUGCAUGGCCGGAACGAUAUGUCCAUAUUGGGAAGAAUCAUCCGUGUUUCAGAGGAAACGACAGCAUUCCGUCAGCGAAUUCAGACCUACGGCUUGCAUAUGUUAGCAAAUCCGAAGGCGAAUUCCGUUGCAAAUAGGGCCAAUUCGAUCACACGGACUGAGUAUGUCUCAAUUAAACCUACUUCCUCAGAGUGGCCGGUUGGCAGAGUGCCGUACAUUCUGGCUCCAACUGUUUCCGUUCUACUCCCUCACAAUCAACCACCACAACCGGUGCUACAACCUUUAAGCACGUACAACUCCGUCCUACCUUGGCCUUCCACAACUGUCUCUCAGUCAACUGGUGUCCAUUCUCCAAAUUUCUCCGGAAAUCCGUCGUUACCGUCUUCAGGGAAUGGUGAAACUGCACGCAGCACCUUAAACAACAGAGAGGAACGCAGUUCACCAAUUGUUGAUGAACCGAUUUCGAUUCCAUCUGACAGUCCCGAUAGUCUAGCCACCGUGGAAUCUCAGGAUAAACCCGGCGAAUGCACUGUUCUGGCAGAGAAUUUCGCCUCCCUAUCCACUCUGAUGUCCGGCGAGCGCCAGGAGAAUUCAAUGGACGCAAAAGCAUCAAACCACACCUUAGCAUCCCAUGUCGACCGUGAUAAUCGCAAACGCCGAUGUCUUCGUCCUGUCGCCCCAUCCGAACCCUCUGCCCCAGAGCCAAAGCAAGGCGACACAGAUGAUACCAUAGAUGAUGCGAAAAACCGAUCAAUAAAACGUUCAGACACAGACACAUUCACACACACAUUGAACUCCAACCGACCCAGAAAACAUGGCUCGAAAGCCACGAGACAGCAACAACAACAACAACAACCGCAACAGUCUUCACACGUUGCAAGCAAAGCGCGCGAAGAUGCACCUUCAUAUUCCACCCGGCCGUCAACUUCUUUCGAUGUCAUUCCAAGCGGCCAAAAGCGUUCUGCGACCGGCUCGCGACGUUUCAAACACUGA